AUGCUGGAGAUAAGUCUCUCCUACGGGGAUCUUGCCACCCAGCCGCUCGCCUCCGCGGUGCCGGACCCCGCGCUCGUCGGCUCGCUCGACUUAUCCGGCAACAACCUCAGCAAGGAAAUGUUCAUUGAGAUUGUGGACAAGUACAUUAGUGGCAUGGCGAACCUGACGGAGCUGGACAUCAAGGAUAACAAAAUAGCCCCUCAAGGCGCGGAGCAUCUCUGCAACACCCUCAUGAAGCAGUGCCGCAAGCUGAAGUAUCUCGACCUGGGCGAGAACGGCAUCCUUGACGAGUCGCUUUUGUACGUGGCCCACUUACUGCAAGAGCUCCGCAUAGAAACACUCAUCUUGCUCUCCAACCACCUCACCCACCGCGGCAUACCAACUCUCUGCGACGGCAUUUGCUCAAGUAGGCAUCUUCAACAAUUGUCGCUAGCAUUAAACGUCCUCGGUGACCGCGGCGCCUCCAUGAUCGCCGAGGCCUUAACGGGGCAUCCUUCGUUGCGCAUACUUGACAUCAGCGAUAACCAGAUUGGGGAUGCAGGGGCGGCGAGUGUGGCGAGGUACCUCAUUCUGCCAUCCAACUCACGGCUGGAGUCGUUGAAUCUUUCCAUCAACUGCUUCGGUGACGUGGGAUUCGCGGCCAUCGCCGAGGCGGUGGAACAGACGCAGAGCAGUCGGCUGGUUCACCUGGACCUUGGCGCGAGCUGCCGGGUUGGACCCGCCGGGCGGCGGGCGCUGAUUAAGUGCGUGUCGUCGAUGAGGCACCUGCAGUCGCUGGACCUCUGCUCGUGCGAGCUCUCCGAUGAAGAGACGCGGGACCUCGUGGUGGCGGUCGCCUCCCGCAACUGCGGUAUUACGAAACUCGAGUGGUUCAACAAUCCGGGGAUGGAGCAGGGGACCGAGCGGGCGCUCGAGGAGGCGCUGGAGGCAAAGCGGGCCGCCUGCCGGGCCACGGCGGAGCGAUGGCGCCGGGCGAAGCUUCUCUCCGGUGUUCUGCUGGGGGCCGCGCUGCUGGGGGGCGUCGCUGUUGUGCUCCGACGUAGGCGCUUCCGCUGA